AUGUCAGUGGGCACCAAUAUUUAUGGGGAUUACUGUGAGAAAAUGGCCCAGAUGGACCAGGAGGAUGGUUUCAUGAGUUGGGGUAGGAGAGGGAGCCUUGAUGGUCCCAAUUCAUUGUUUGGCAUUGUUUACCAUGUGAUAUACCAUAAAGCCAAGAGAGCAUAUCUCAAAGCUUCAUCACUUGUUCCUGGGCUUUCCAUCACUACUCAGAAGGUUGUAGAAAUCUCCACAACUGGGUCACUUGUCAAACUUGUCAAUCCCAACAUCAUUAUGGCAUCUGCCCACCUCCCUUCUGACAAGGCCAAGGAGAUCAACUCUCAAGACCUUACAUGGCUAUUCCCUUACUGCUUAAUGGAUGGUUCCACUCCUCUCAUUUGCAAGGCAGAAACUCUGCAACUGUUGUCUACCAAGGCCAUCACAGUGAUUUGCCUGCAAUGCAAUGACUCAACAGACAAUCCACAGUCCCAUAUGAGUGGGCAUAUCCUCCAGUCCAUUUGCAGAGUUGAAGAAGUGAUUGUCUCUCCCAUUGAUCACCUCUUCCCUUGUGGCUUUUGUGGUCAUUCUCAGCUCCAGCAUCCAGAUUGUGUGAUCAAGGUCCAGAUCAAGUUUGCAUAUGUGGAGAAAGGCUCAAAGAGGCACCCAUGUCACAAUGUACCUGUGACCAAUUGGCAAGAUGGAGUUUGGAGGUACAAUAUGGAGCACCACCUGAACUUCUACCACUCAGAAUACACACACCCUGACAAGGUUUCUGGCCUUCCUCUGCCAUGCAAGUUUGCCACUGCUACCCUUCUGGAUCCCCAUGAGGAGGAGAAGUUCAGUGUCCCUCAGCACCCCACAUCUACCAACAUCAUCAAGAAGGAUAUGGAAGGCAUGUCUGCCUGUGAGAUGUGCAGGUCUGCCAAUGCAAAUGCUUUUGCUGCCAGUGCCACAAGAGCAUCCAUGGUGGUGGUGGCCAUCCAGAGUGUGAUCCUUCUCCCAAUGCCUCCCAAAAGCAACAGUGAACCCAAGGUAGUGGCAUGGUGGAUGCCAGUAGAAGAAGAGAAACUUGUUGAGUUUCUCUACUCCCAUUGUGCAGAGGCAAUGGAUGGAAUGGGGAAUUUCAAGCCACAAAUGUACAACCACCUUCCUGCUGCUAUUGCAGCCUAUCAAAUGCCUGGGACUCCUGUGAAGACACAAUUGCAAUGCAAGAACAAGUGGAGGGUGUGCCUGAUAUUCAGCUGA